AUGGAAACAACAUGUUUAACUCCGUUCCAUUUAUUCCAUUUCAACCAUUACAAUGAGCCCAUCCUCCUGUAGCUUCUCCCACCAGCCUCCACUGCUACAGACAUUAUCAGUGCUGGGAUGCAUUUUAAAACAUUAAACUUUCCACCACUCCCCCAGGGGUAAAUUUGUGUUAAAUUCGUGUAGCUUGGUGUUUGGUGAGCAAAUUAAACGUGACAUUUUUUUUUCAGACGAUUGAAUCACCAGAGCCUCAAUGUUUGCCGGAGGAAUGAAGACACCCAAGGACUAAAAUUAACUCUGACUAUUUCUAAUUUGUCUUUCUCUUUUGCCUUUAGUCCCUCUGAAGGAUAAUAUAUUGACAUCGUUUGAGAUUAUAGCACGGCAUGAUAAAAAAAAUUAUCAUCACAAAUAACACCCGAGUGCACCACGGGUAUGAAAAACUAAACCUUCUGUCUAUCAUUGGCAUCGCAGGAAGUCCAAUGUUUGUUGAGCACCAUAGUGCUGCUUUGGAGCACAGGUGAUGGGUGGCUGAGCACAGCAGCGGCCCUGCUUGGAGGGUCUAGCCUAUAGCCUCUCUCAGUGACAGGAUGACUAUGACAGAGAGCACUACAGUUUUCUUUAAUUUGAGCUUCCAUGUGGCGUGGAAUCAGUCUGACUCCAGACCGGAAACACCUGACAAGGAGAUGAACUGGCCUGCUCUGCUCAUCUUAAUGGUCAUCUUCUUCACUGUGGUGGGCAACAUCCUGCUCAUCCUAGCUGUGUCUCUGGAGAGGAAGCUGCAGAAUGCCACCAGCUUCUUCCUGCGCUCCCUUGCUGUGGCAGACAUGCUUGUGGGUGUUCUCGUCAUGCCGGUCUCACUGAUCAACAUUCUCUAUGACUACGUGUGGCCCUUCCCCAGACCCCUCUGUCCCGUCUGGAUCUACCUAGACGUGCUGUUCUCCACAGCAUCCAUCAUGCACCUGUGCGCCAUCUCACUGGACCGCUAUGUGGGCAUCUGUAACCCCAUCCAACAUAGCCGCUCCAACACCCUUUCCAAGGCCAAGGCUAAGAUCGCCCUCGUCUGGACCAUCUCCAUAGUGAUCUCCACACCCAUCCCUGUGAUUGGCCUGUAUGACGAGGGGAAGGUGUUUGUCAACGGGACCUGUGUACUGAACGAGCACAGAUUCGUCCUGAUUGGCUCCUUCGUAGCCUUCUUUGUCCCUCUGGUCAUCAUGGUGGUCAGCUACUGUUUGACUGUGCGUGUUCUGCAGCACCAAGCUUCUGACUUCCUGCAUGGAGGCCAGGCUUCAAUCAACCAGCCGGCCCUACUCAGGAUCACCCCAAGGUCCCCUGCAGGGGACAGUCUCCGUCUCCUCAAACAGUACCCUGUCCCUGAGGCCUUGCCAGCUGUUAGUUCCUCCGACGUUUCCGUCUCUCAAGCCUCCCUUCAACCCAUCUCUCCAACAGGGAGACAGGGGCCAGGGGGAGCUGGCAUGGCUCAAUCAAUUAAAAAUGAGAGGAGAGCCUCCAUGGUCCUGGGUGUGGUGUUUUUCCUCUUCCUGAUUAUGUGGUGUCCAUUCUUCAUCACCAAUGUGCUGAGCGUGUUGUGUGAGGACUCGAUAAUAAGCCUGUGCAAUAAGCCCGUGUUGGCAGUGCUCCUAAAGGUCUUUGUUUGGGUAGGAUAUGUCUCCUCUGGUGUCAACCCACUGGUCUACACUCUAUUCAACAGGACCUACAGACAGGCCUUCCACCGCUACCUACAGUGUAUCUACCACAGCCCGCCAGCCAAGAGCACCAAGAAUAUUUCUGUUAAUACCGUCAUGCCUAUUCUAUGCAGUAAAGAUGCCAACGACUGUAGCUGUAACAGCCACAAUGGGUAUAAAGGGGAAAUGAAAGGAAGAAUGGGGUUGGAUAGAGAGGGUACAGGGUCUGGGAUGCUUGAGAAGUUGGCCAGUGUCUGUCCCCCCACCGCUGAGGAAGUCAGCUGUGUCUGAACUGGCUGGCUGGCCUACUAUCUUUCCCCUCCAGGCUCUCUACAUACAAACCAUUGUUGUGACACAGCUGUUGCUUCAUGUCACUGCCUGGAUUCUCCAGCUCCACUUCCUGUUCAAACACAGGAGAUGUACUGGAUUCUCAAUCUCCACUUCCUGUUCAAACACAGGAGAUGUACUGGAUUCUCCAGCUCCACUUCCUGUACAAACACAGGAGAUGUACUGGAUUUUCAAUCUCCUCUCCACUUCCUGUUCAAACACAGGAGAUGUACUGGAUUCUCCAGCUCCACUUCCUGUACAAACACAGGAGAUGUACUCAAUGUCUCCCUGUUGCUGGACCUGUAAACAUGACUCAAUGAGAUAUGAAAUAGUGUUAAGUCUACACAAUUGAUACUGUAUGUGUCAGACAUUAAUUACAGCUAGUGAGUAAUAUGUGUGUAGUCAGUGUGGUUAUUGUAAUGAAAUGUCCAUUAACUGCACUACUAGUAAAUCAAAAGGCAUCUCUCACAACUGGGCUUUGAGGGUCAUUUACAGGAAAACCACUUGCUGUAUCUCUCUGUAAUCCUGGAGCCACAGUGCCACCUAAUGGAAAUAUACUGUACAAUACAUACAAAUUAAAUUUCUUACUAGAAGUUUUUUUCUGUCUGUAUGAUAGUCAAAGAUAAUAGUCAAUAGUCAAGUCAAAGAUAAUAGUAUUGCACUUGAAUGGGAAACAGAUGUCUUCAUGGACAAGGAGAUGUUUCACUCCCCAUUUACCUCAAGACUGGUUCAUAUUUCUGACAGAGUGAGGCCAGGAACCACACCCUAUGAGUAUUUUUUUCUUCUUAAAUCAUAUAUCACAGUCAACUUUUACUAGUUUAUUUUUUAUAUAUUUUUCCCCCUC